GGCACUGCAAGCCAGGCACGAGCUCAGGACUGCAUCUCUGAUUCCCUCUCCACUGUCCUCCCUCCUGGAGCCUGCCAUCAGAAAGCCAGCGAGAAGGAAGACCAACCAGACGGCCCUGAUUUCCUCCUCCUUUUCAUGACUGUUCCUGUGGGCUCUGAAUCUCCUUUUUGUAAGUACCUACAGAUACUGAAUACUGACAUUUUUUUGAAUCUUUCAGUUUCUCUUCCUCUCCCCCUACACCACAGGCUGCCCAGAUGCCCACCAUCUCGUUUAAACGAUGGCACCCAGAGACAAGUGGCCAUGGGAGUGGAGAAGUUUGGGUCAGCUUUCCUGAAAGUAGAGAUGACCCGCCUGGGCAGUGCAAAGAUGGUGUCUGCACCGGAGGCAGUUAGAAACCACUUUUAUGUGGGGCUCCGGGGGUGAGCCAAUUCCACCACUUGCCUGUCCCCUUGCAAAGGGCCACAGAAAUGGCCAUCCCGAGACCACGGUGCAGCGAACACCUGCCGUUCCUGUGCAUCCUGGGCCUCACAGUCGUGGUCCCCUCCCUGCUGUUCUACGCUCUGCUCUGGAAGGCUGGCAACCUCACUGACCUGUCCAACCUGAGAAUUGGCUUCUAUAACUUCUGCCUGUGGAAUGAGGACACCAGCUCGCUACAGUGUCUCCAAUUCCCUGAGCUUGAGGCCCUGGGGAUUCCUCGGGUUGGACUGGCCCUGGCCAGGUUUGGGGUGUAUGGGGCUCUAGUGCUCACCCUCUUUGCCCCCCUGUCUCUCCUCUUGGCCUGGUGCAACAGUGAUAAGGAACAGUGGAAGCUAGCUGUGGGCUUCCUGGCGGCAGCCUCCGUGCUAUUGUCCAGCGGCCUGGGCCUCUUCCUCUCCUACGUGUGGAAGUGGGUCAGGCUCUCCCUCCUGGGGCCUGGGUUUCUGGCUCUGGGCUGUGCCCAGGCCUUACUUAUCCUCUUGAUUAUGGCCGCAGUUGCAUUCCCUCCUAGAGCAGAGAAAGACAAGAGCCGGCUUGAGAGCUGCUAGCUAUCCGGAGGCUACUUGAUGCAACGGUUCAGUUCCAACUGCACAGAGACGGCGACAUGUCUCCUCCACUGUCUUAUUUCAUAGCUAAUGCAGAUGGAUCCCCAUGCAGAGCAGGAAGAGCCCCCAGCACUGAGGCGGCAAACAGGUGGUAAGGGAGGCUGGGGCACCUGCGGCUUCUUAGUACAGGAGUUUGUCCUUCAGAACUUCCAAGGACACCCUAAAACCACGCAGCUCAUUGUCACGUGAAUUCCAGCUUUAAUUAACCCACCGGAGCAGCUGUUACUCUACCCUCAGAAGUGGGGAAAGGGAAGCAUUCCUGUUCUGGGCCAGACUUCCAGGCUGAUUUGCCAAAUGCCAAAAUGGAACCCAGGGAAGGUUUAUGGCCACAAAUGGGAAUAUUAAAACAGAGAGCACCGUGGCAGUCCUUGGGCCUAGGUUAGCAAGCUUUUGCUCCUCUGUCUGUGGGGAAUGGGCCGAGAUGAGCCCUUCCCCAGGACAUGAUUGCAAAAGGCCCAGGAAUGAUCUGACAGACUCCACAAAGACGGAACAUAUGGGCACAAAAAGCAGCCUUGGUGGCUUUGAAGACUCCUCUGAAAAGGCCCCUGGACGUAAAGGGCAGAGUCAUCGCUGGUAAAUUAUUCCUAUGAUGAGAGCAGAAGUACACCAAAUACUGGGCAGGGGAAGGUGACCAGAACAAAGGGCUGUACACACGGGAUGCCACAUCCCACUUCUCAACCAGAAGUGGGAAGGGUGUAAACAUGACUUACACACUGGGUGUUUCAUGCACUUUUCAGCACCUGUAUAUUGGAAAACCUGUAUGACAUCUGAUUUACUCAUUCUGUGCCUGUCCAUAGCCAUACCAAAUACAGAGACAGAAAUGUGG